GAAGACCUUGUCCGAUCCUGUACCCGUUUCCUCCUUCCCGGCAACAUAGGUUAGUAUCUCCACUCGAUCUUUCAGCCGUGGCGGCUGGCGGCUAAAAGAUGAGAUUUUGCAGUUUCCGUCGUCUUGAAAGCUGCAGCAUAGUUCUCUUCGCUCUCCUAAUCGUGUUUUCAUUGUUCCCAAAUCACGCGCUCGGCCACAAAUCGGCCGACGCUUUUGUUCAGAACGCAAUUUACUCCAACAAAAUCACUAUAUUUUCCAAAUCUUACUGCCCAUAUUGCAAACGCGUGAAAAGGAUAUUUAGCGAACUCAAUGAGAAACCAUUUGUCGUGGAACUUGAUCUUCGAGAUGCAGAUGAUGGGAAGGAGAUUCAAAAUGUUCUUCUGGAUUUGGUUGGUACACACACUGUUCCACAAGUUUUUGUGAAUGGGCAGCAUGUUGGUGGUUCUGAUGAUACUGUGAAAGCACUUUCUAUCGGUCGACUUCAUAAACUUCUAAUGAAAACUCAUUGAUAUUCUCAUGAAUUGGACAAAAAUUUUU